CCGUAAACCGUUGACACAUAUAUAAGGAGACUGGAGAUUUGUUGUACAGCUGGCUUUUGCUUUUUGUUGAUAUACCUACCUUACAAACUUUUGUCUUAACAGCUCUUUUUCUGUCCUAUUUUUAUUUUUCCUGAAGUGUUAGAUGUCUUUACUGCCAAGGCAUCCGCUUUUUCUUUCUAGUCACUUUCAAAGUUGGUCAUUGGUACUACUUUUCAACUAGAUAGAGUGAAAACCAAUAUCAUGUUGCUUAUAAAUCAUGGUGGGAGCCUUCAUGUUCCCAAAGAUGCGCAUAAUUCAGCUCUCGCCAUCGCCUGAAUUAAAAUGAUGGGCUUGAAGUGAGGAGCUGGAUGCAGGAGGUUGAGAGUGCAAUGUACUUUGCGACUGAGGUGCUUGUGGGCUGCUCCCUAACAAAUUAACAGAUUUUGAUGCAUACCAAGGAGAUGGUGCAAAAGAUGAAUCUUGAAGUGAUUUAUGGAGACACAGAUUCCAUUAUGAUAAACACUAACAGCACCAAUUUGGAUGAAGUCUUCAAGCUGGGGAACAAGAUCAAAAGUGAAGUGAACAAGUUGUAUAAAUUGCUGGAGAUUGAUAUUGAUGGAGUCUUCAAGUCCUUGCUACUGUUAAAGAAGAAGAAAUAUGCUGCCCUUACUGUGGAACCAACAGGGGAUGGGAAAUAUGUGACUAAACAAGAACUGAAAGGGUUGGAUAUAGUCCGAAGAGACUGGUGUGAUCUUGCAAAAGAAACUGGAAACUAUGUAAUUGGCCAGAUUCUUUCUGAUCAGCCCCGAGAUGUAAUUGUGGAAAAUAUUCAAAGGCGGCUUAUAGAAAUUGGAGAAAAUGUGAUCAAUGGCCAGAUCCCAGUAAAUCAGUUUGAAAUAAAUAAGGCAUUGACAAAAGAUCCACAGGAUUAUCCCGACAAAAAAAGCUUACCACAUGUGCACGUUGCCAUGUGGAUAAAUUCUCAAGGAGGCCGAAAGGUGAAGGCAGGAGAUACAGUGUCAUACAUCAUUUGUCAGGAUGGAUCAAAUCUCAGUGCCAGCCAGCGAGCAUAUGCUCCAGAACAGUUGCAAAAGCAAGACAAUCUUACUAUUGAUACUCAAUACUAUUUGUCACAGCAAAUACAUCCAGUAGUUGCUAGAAUAUGUGAACCUAUAGAGGGAAUUGAUUCUGUUCUAAUUGCAACGUGGUUAGGUAAGUAUUCUAACUUCAGUUUAUUCAAGGAAUUAAGAGACAAAGUGAGGAGUUUAAAUGUGUAUUUCAUAAAUGCUUCCGAAAAUUAGUGCUUCUACAGUGAA